AUGGCCGAUGGAGUUUUUCAACGUCCACAAGGAGCUGUUUCAAUUUCAACUAGAUCUUCGGGUGUCGUCUACGUUGAAGCGGUUGGGCCAAAACGGCGUCGCCUCCUUUUCGAUAUAGUUGAAUUGGCUGGACCGGAACCACUAGUAGGUGACAUCCAGCAACAGGAGGAACCACACAGCUCAAAUCUCGGAAAACGUUUGAGGACACCAACUCCAGUACCGAAUUUUCAAGAGAAAGCAGUCGAGAACAAUAACUUCACUGAUGACCGGGAAACUUCCGAUUUUAGUCUGACCCGCAUUCAAUUCAGCAAAUGGGCAACGGAACAGAAAUUCGUUCUUUCACAACACACGAUGGCUCUCGGUAUGGAUUUCGAUUUCAGACGAUGUAUUGAUAUGUGGCUAUUGGACUCGGACCCUUUGUCAAAGCCUGAAGACCACAUGGAUUGA